AUCUACUUGGAUAGAACUUGAGUGCAAAUGCUAAAGGGAGAAUGUCCCUUAUUUUCAUAUAGUUUUGUUGGUUUCGUUAAUGUGAUAUUGUUUUUUUCGAUUUUCAUUCUUUUUCUGUAUUCUGUACUUGCUUUAGCUCCCCCUUAUUUUGUUUUCUGUUUCCCCUUUGUUGAGAAACCAGGAGAAGGGUCCAUCAGUCACAGGGUCCAGAGGGUGGCUAAACAUCAUUUUCUAAAGGUGGGACUGCAAGUUAUCUACUAGGAAUGAGUGGAUGGAUUGCAGCUCAAGUAGAUGAAGCAAGCAACCCAAUCAAUGUGAAGAAUCUAUCUUUGGGUUGGAUGUUUGGUUUUCUCUUUCUUGUCAGCUUUGUUGGUCUCUUUUCAAUUGUCCCCCUUAGAAAGAUGAUGAUACUCAAGUACAAGUUAACAUACCCUAGUGGAACUGCAACUGCCUACCUCAUCAACAGCUUUCACACUCCUAAAGGAGCCAAACUAGCCAAGAAACAAGUAAUGAUGCUAUUCUAUUCCUUCUGUGGUAGCUUUACUAAUGCACUUUUUCAAUGGUUCUUUGUUGCUGCUGAUGGCUGUGGGUUUAGUAACUUUCCCACCUUUGGUCUCAAAGCCUUUAGCCAAAGGUUCUGAUGAACUUAACAAAUGACAACCCUGUGUACUGUCAGCAAAUUGCUGCCUGUGGAGGACUGGGGAAACCUUGUCUUUAUUGAUUGUUGGCCACUUUCCAUCAUUCAGUUCAUCUUUGCCUCUCUUCAGCGAUAUAAGAAAUGAUACUUGUUGUCCAAGUCUUAAGGCAUUUGAAAGGGUGUGAUCGGUUAGAAAUUCUUGGAGAGAUGCAAAAUAUGGUCAAAGAAUUCAAGAACUUAGUUU